AUGCGGUGGCCAGCAACGUCCCCAGGCGCGCCUGAGGGCCUUCGGCUGGGCCCCAACACCCGAAUGCGACCCCCAAUGUUGGCACGGGCGCAUGAUUUUGCAAUCUGCAUGGCGAUCCUCGCGGGUGCCGCCAUGGGCGCGCAUGGGAUCGGCAUAGAGGCCUUGGACCCCGGAUCCGAUCUUCCUGCACCUGCCAAAGGUCGAACAGCCGCUGGCAUUCACCCAGGGAAGGCUUACGCCCACGGCAGGGGCGUCCUGCAGUCUGGCCCGCUGCCCUUGCCUCCGGCGGAGGCCUGCGGCGUCAACGCCCUCGCGGCGCCCCUGCUGGUGACGCCGGGAUGCCAGGAGUCCGUGACCGCGGGACAGGCCACGGAGGUGUGCUGCUCGGCGCUGGAGGCCGCCGUGGGGCCGGAGGCGGAGGGGCCGACGCGCAACUGCCUGUGCGUGGAGGCGGUGUGGGGGGAGGUGGGCAGGGCGACCGACCAGCUGGGGAUACCCAUCCAGGCGGUGCUCGACGAGUGCAACGGCCGGCUGGGCGCGCGGGUGCCUUACUUUCAGGGCGAGGGCGUCGGCCUGUGCGCGGGGGACCUGCCGCCCUCCAUCCAGGCCCUCCCCCUGCCGGACAACCUCGAGGAGUCGUGCGCCGUCACGUCCCUGGCGGCGCCCCUGCUGGUGACGCCCGGCUGCCAGGAGUCCGUGACGGCGGGGCAAGCCACGGAGGUGUGCUGCUCGGCGCUGGAGGCCGCCGUGGGGCCGGAGGCCAACGCCACGACGCGCAACUGCCUGUGCGCGGAGUCGGUGUGGGCGCAGGUCGCCAUGGCCACCGACCAGCUUGGGAUACCCAUCCGGGAGGUCAUCGGCGCAUGCACUAACGAAUUUGGCAAAGACAUCCCAUUUUAUCAAGGACCAGGCGUAGGGAAAUGCUCAGGAAAUCAAACUGUUCUUGAGGCAUCGCAAGAGGACCCAGCCAUCCAAAUGAGGAACUUCGCGGAGUGGGUGAGCGAUCUCCCGGAAGAGCCCGCCCUCUACGUCUCGUUCAUCUUCGCCAUUCCUGCCACCAUUGGGGUGUCCAUGCUCGCCGUGAUAGCCACACAGGCGCUCCUGUGGUGA